AUGGCGGUGUGUUCACGUUCUGUAUGCCAUUUGGGCGCCAUUGCACCCUCUGGAGAGCUAUGCUCCCGUGUAUCUAAAUUCGAUGUUGAAAGUUUUUUUAAGCUCCUUGGUAGGCGUAGACGAAGGAGAACUCUUCAUAGGUACCUCAUUUCAUUAAAAGAGCUACAUAAGAUGUUCAACGAGAUGGAUUCUGAAGUUAAUUUUAAGGAACGGAUGCUGCAAGCUGGAGGUCGUUAUAGGUAUCAGCGUACGCUACCCAAGCCUACAUUUGACAUGAAUACAAGAUGCUCAAGACCAUUUCAGCAUCAUUAUCUGCCAUUCAUCGGCAGAGAAACCUCAUUGGUGAAGCAAAUGUGCGGUUUAUCAAUUUCACCACGAAGGGUAGAGAAUGCUACAUUACUGUACCGGUGUAUGAAUAUACAACACUUGGAAUUAAGAUCAAUACUUUACAAGUUCGUCCAUAGUUACGUGGAUACUUUGGAUAAAAAGGAGUUAGCUCAGCUUACGAAUAUGCUAAAUUUGGAAUUAUCAGGCAAGGGUGAGAUGUUGCUUCGUUACCUUAUGGGCAAGUCACCAGUUGAUCAUACGGCUGUAGGAUAUGAUAUACGUUUGGAGAAGUUGCUGUUAUUUUUAUGGAAGUGUAACCCUGCGUUGCUGCGGAUAAAUGGUCCACUGGAGAAAAGCAUAUCGCAGUCCAAAUAA